AUGUAUCGCAUGGUUAUGGCAUCUGGGAUCAGAGACACGGAAAACUAUAUCAAUGGUUAUCUUCGAUGGCGUCGCAGAGAACGUAUUUUUGGAUUAUCACGAAGAUCUCAACUUUAUAAAAAAUGGACAUUUGAUAACGAUGAACUGCAGUCAACAGUAUGGCCAAAAAUCUACCAUAUUGCCUGUUAUGGACCACAAAUUUGCAAGAAAGAUCUACGCUAG